AUUGUACAGAUCAUAGAGUCAUCUGUGUUUACAUUUUGCAUCCGUGCGUUUAUAAACAAUUACCAAAACAAAUAUUUACCAUUAAGUGUAUUUGAUGAACUAUGACCGUAUUUUUAAUAAGCAAAUUGAGUAUUGUUUGCUAGUCAAUGCCGCAAAGGUUAUCAAUCAAGCCAAAACUCCACCCAGCUGAUUGUCAGAGUACCAGAUGAACUGAGACAGUGCUAAUUUGCGAUCCAAUUCAUAGUAAAAAGCUUUAUAACAUCGAGAAACUGGUACCGAUGUGCGUAGUUAAAGAAAUGGCCAACUAGUGUGACGAUUUUACGCAAUAAAUCCAAUAAACAGAUCAUAGAGCUAGCAAAGAGUGGGUAAUAUUACCUACCCUUUGGUUCUAGUGCGUGGUAUUGUUUACAUAAGAUCAAUAGUUACAAAAUGUAUCAAAGCCCCAUUUCUCUGGAAGAAAUUUGCCUGAAUGUUGCUUGCAGUAACAUACUGCUUUUCGUUGAACCAGAAAUUCGAACUAAAGAUGGAUGGAGGACAGACACUGAAGGAAGUGACUGUUAUGAUGAAGAAAAAAUUGAUAAACGAUACCAAUUUCGCGAUCCGGAUAUGUUUCUCAUCAACAAAGUAUCUGAGGAAUUGUUGAACAAAAUGAUGGAGAAAAAAGUUCUGUGUGAUGCUACGUUGAAUAUAUUUAAUAGUCGCAAUACUUGUUUGCGAAAAGUGAGUAUUAAAAAUUGUAAAGUUAGUAAAUGUGGACUGGAAAUCCUAAAGCAACACAGAAUCACUGAAUUGGAAAUAGGCAAUUUGCUUGAUGUCGGUAUUGGAGAUGUUUUAGCUUGUUUGAACGACUGGUCUCUACAAAAUAUCACAACGGCAAACUUUGCCGACUGCCAGUCGCCCACUGGCAUUAUUCGCAUUGAUUCCAUAACGAACCGAUCCGGCCUUUCUAGAUUGAGACACUUGAACGUUUCAAAUACUGAACUGGACCAAAAUACAUUUAAAGUAUUGUGCAGAGAAUGGAAGCUAAUUGAGACUUUAAACCUAUCAAACACUUUUAUUGAGGAUCUGUACCCUUUGAGGCGAUUAAGACACACACUUACUAGCCUUUGUUUAACGGAUGUGACCAGAAGCGACCAUUUCAGAGCGAACAACCUGGCCGCCCUUUUAGAUACACUGACCUCUUUGAGAGUGUUAGAUAUGAGCUUAGUUAACAAAAAACCUGAAAUUGGAAUUCACAGGGUCGGCAAUUUGAUCGUUAUGAGGAAUUCUGACCCCGAAACUAUUUUCGCUUUUUUGAAACGAAGUUAUUGCCUACCUAAUCUCAAGUGUUUUGACAUAUCGGGAUGGAAGGAUUAUGUUUCAACUAGUCUCCUUGUGCAAUUUGUUAGUUGCCAUCAGUUGAAUUUUCUAGGUUUGGUUCUAUGUUCGGCAGCAUCUCAUCCAGACUUUAGUCCCGAAAAUUGUAGAAAAUCCUUCGGAAAUAUGCGCGUCGCAGGAUUAGCGAAUACCGAGCAAAUCGAAGUAACUCUUCAUUACUACACGAACAGAUCUAACUAUGUACAGAAGGCAAUGUACUAUUUGUUCCAAGAUUCCGACUUCUUUUCAAUACCUCGACCUGAUAUUUUCAACCUGAUUGUAGACAGAAUGGAAGCACACCUCGGAAUAUUUGGUGUUCAAAUGGCUGCUACAGCCUGCCUAUACAAUUUGACUCGCGCCGAAUUGUGCAAGCAUAUACAUCCGCACGAUCUGAGAAGAAUGGUCAAAUUAGUUCUACUCGCCAUGGAAAAAUUCCCCGAUGAAUUUCAGUUGCAGAAAAACUCGCUCCUAACUCUGUGCAGUGACCGCAUUCUACAAGAUGUAACAUUUGAAAGAGCUCGCUGUGCAAGAUUGGUGUUAGGUACGUUGUGCGGUUUCGAAGAUGUUAAUAUGAAUCGAAUGGCUGUAGCUAUUUGUAGCAUAUUAGCUUCGAAGCUAACAACUGCUGAAACUUCGGAACUCGGAUCCAAUCCAAUCCACAUGCGAAAAAUGCUUUCCCUCAUAGUUAGACGUGUAGAUACUGGGAUCUCUGAUAUGACACUCACAUUUACAUUAAGUGCACUGUGGAAUUUAACGGAUGAAAGUAUCGGUCCAUGCGAAGUCUUUUUGGAACAAGGGGGUCACUUGCUCUAUGUGAAAGUGUUACUGUUAUUUAAGGGGAAUACGCAACUUGAAACGAAAGUCUUAGGUCUUUUGAAUAAUAUCGCCGAGGUAAUUCAUUUGCGACACAGGCUUUUAUCAAACGAUUUUGUGCUGGUUUUGCUCGAUGUUUUGCAAUCUGAAAGCAUUGACGUCAGUUUUUUUGCCGCUGGCAUACUGGCACAUUUGACUUCCGAUGGAGAUGAAGCCUGGAAGUCAAUACCGUUUUCGCGAACGGACAUUUUAAAUUUAUUGUAUCCUGUAGUGCGCAGUUGGCCAAUACCAAACAAUGAAAUGGUCACUUACAGGAGUUUCAAGCCAUUUUUUCCCCUCCUGAGUACGGACAAGGAUUAUCAGGGACAAUAUUGGGCCGUAUGGGCCAUUCAUCAUGUUUGUGUCAAAAAUCCUAAUCGUUACUGCCAAAUGUUAUACAACGAACACGGUCACACGCUCCUGAAUGAUUUGAUUAACUUUGAAAAUGUUCGACCACGUAUAAGAAGGAAGAGUAACAAGAUCCUGGAUAUACUCCGACAUCAUGGAAUAUCAAUUUAAGUAUAACGAAUUAAUUUGGAAUGUAAAUAUCAACUAAUAGUUAUAAACUGGGCAAAAUAAGCAAUGUAAUUACGAGCUCAAGUGUUUUUUGUAGCGAGAUAUAGCUUAACAUAUAAAUCCUUAAGUGGGAUCCCUAGGGACUCGAGAGCGUAAAGAGUUACACUUAUUAAUAAUUUAAAACUUACAUAUUAUAAGUUCUUGAUUGGUUUUGAUAUAUCGUUGAUCUCAUAAAAUGUUCUACCUGUUUAAUAUAAGUGAUUAUUUUUUAUUGGCAAAUUUUUGCUUAAAACUAGCUUAUUUCUGGAGAAAAAAAUUAAUAACUACACCUGAGAUUUUUGUUUAAAAAUGAACGUGCUACUGUAUGUAAUUGACUAAUCAAGAGCAACAGCCACGCCUUUUUUAGUGUAAAAUUGUUUUUGGCCAGCAAAUGCAUAUUUUUCGUAAAUAUAAGAGUACUUAUUUAUUUUUAAAGCAAAAUCUUGCACUCGAUUCUUUCAUUACAAGUGAAAAAUCGCGAAAUACUUUAUGUACUGGUUAAAAUUGUGCAUUGUUAUAAGGAAUUCGUCUGAUUGGAUUUCAAAAAACUGAAAUAGAUCACCAAUAGUUCGGUUUUCUAAUUGAAGAACGUGAAAUAAUGACUUAUAGUUUGUAAAUGUGAUAAAAUUUGAAUGUGUUUCUCGCUUGUAUGGCUAGAAAAUAUUUUAAUUAUUACUGAACUGAUCAAAUAAACAAACAGUUUCCGUUGUA